GCUCCCGUUGGGAUGCAAGGAGCUGUCAAAGGAGCACGAAUAUUUCCGAAAACCCUCAAAUCGCCGACCAAAACGUCUUAAGAAGAAGGAAUAAACGAUACCCCUCUUUGAAAGCCAGACUCUGCAUUUCCAGCCAUGUCGUCUACGGCCAACGUUUUGGCACAAAAAGUCAAACUGGCGACGGGGGCCACCAUCCCCCAGGUUCAGCUUGGGCUGUACAUGAUGUCCCGCACCGAAGCCUCGCAGUCGGUCCGGUGGGCGCUCGAGGCGGGGUAUCGGGGCUUCGACUGCGCCCAGAUGUACCGCAACGAGCGCGAGGCCGGCAAGGCCAUCGCCGACUACCUCGCGUCGCCGUCGUCCGGCGCCGGCGGGCCGACCCGCGAGGACGUCUUCUACACCACCAAGCUCGCCAGUAACAGCACCUCGUACGACGCCGUGCGCAGGUCCAUCCGCAAGUCUGUCGACGUCUGCGGCCUGGGAUACGUGGACCUGUUCCUCCUGCACAGCCCAUACGGCGGCAGGGAGGCCCGCCUGACCAGCUGGAAGGCGGUCGAGGACGCCAUCGACGAGGGUGAGGUCAAGAUGGGUGGUGUCAGCAACUAUGGCGUGCAACAUAUCGAAGAGCUGAUGAGCUCAAGCCCGCGCCACCAGCCUGUGGUGAACCAGAUCGAGGUCCACCCUUUCAACACCCAGGUCGCCAUCAGAGAAACAUGUGCAAAGCACAACAUCAUCAUCGAGGCAUAUGCGCCUCUUGCGCGCGCCAUGAAGAUGAACGAUAAAACUCUGGUUUCGCUGUCCAAGAAGUACUCGUGCACUGUCGCUCAGCUGCUUGUGAGAUGGUCACUACAGAACGACUUUGUCACUCUUCCCAAGAGUUCGAGCCAGGACCGCAUCAUCCAGAAUGCCGACGUUGGGGGAUUUGAGAUUUCCAAGGAGGAUGUGGAAGUUAUGAGCGGACUACAUGAAGGACUGGUGACGGACUGGGAUCCGACGAAUGCCCCUUGAUUCGGCACGUGGGCAGGUAGGAGCCAAAGAUAUGAGCCCUCAUGCCAAGAAUCCGAUAUAUGUCAUAGCAGUCGCAUACCUACCGGCUACAUCAAGUCCAAAUCUGCCGAGGGCCGACGUGGAAUGCCAGCCGAAAGCCCCGGGAUACCACAUGGUAACAUGCGGUGUCGUCAUGUUCAGGAACGUGGUGGGAUAGAACCCCAUCCGCUACGUGUCGGCUAUGCGUCAAGGUUACAACAGAAGGUUGACUGCCCGCUACCCCGCAUCAAUGGGUGUCAUUGCGGGCUUGUUUUCUCCGCCUCUUCUGCCAGUUCGGUUGCAGCGACAGGCGGCAAAGCACACCAACCCUCACCGUCGCCGGGUUGAUUACGGGCGAGAUUCCCCCAUCACACGUGUCGAUUUGGGAAGGUCUUUGCUUUAACCUUGGACUUUUGGUUAAUUGCUACCUGGAAUCUCCAAAAUAUCCCCGCGGGCCCACCUGACUUUAUGCGCCAUCAGAUGAUCGAUAAACGACGUCGAUGCGUGUAUCCACCGCUGAUAUUAACCCAUAGAGCACGGCAGGGCUUGUAGACUCUAUGGGGAUAUUACCAGAAGAGAAAGCCAUUGCUUUGGCGGUCGGACACUGCCCACCGAACCGAUGCAACACCCCGCCGUUGCUGGAUUUCAGGCGCAUGACGGCGGCAAAAGCAGACGGUGUUGGCGUGAGUCGCGGUUGGCAAGCCGUCGGAGACGAUGGGGCUUGCCUCCUCUCGCCCAGCGCGAGGCGAUGAGGUCUGUGUGGGCAUCGACGGCUGAGCGGAAAUUGCGGACGGUCAAGAGCCGCCCACGGCUGCGGUGGAAUGAUGUUGCUUUCAUCCGAGGCGGUCUGCGCCAAGCCCGAACCGACCACGACGAGCAAACGGGCCCGAUGCGCGACCGCUCAACAAGGCGUGGCACACGGAGACAAACGCGCAGACUCGCCAUCGCCUUGCCCAGGAGUCCUUUUGCCGCUACUGCCGCGCCGCUGUGGCUCAUUGUCGGGGUUCGAGGGGCCGAACUAGGGCAUGGCCCAGACAGCAGACGGCGCGCUGACAAGACGCGACAGGUCUAUUUUUCGCCCAUUUUGGUUUCACACCUGUCGGGUGCCUGACAGGCAGCCCCAGGAACCCUUGCACCGCCGCCCC